CUUUUUCAACUCCACUCUUCCAAAAGAUCGUUCAAUGAGUAUCUUAAUAGAUAACGACAUUUCAUCAGCAGAUAAUCUAUACGAAGUUCCCAUAGUGUUGAUAAUCCUUUUAUCCUGCUGCUAUGGUAUGAUAUCCCUUACAGCAAUCGUUGGAAACUUUUGCGUCCUCCUCAUAGUGGCCAUAAGUCGCAGAAUGCGGACCGUCACAAACUACUUCAUUGCCAAUUUAGCUGUAGCAGAUAUUGUCAUCGGGCUCUUCUGCAUACCAUUCCAAUUUCAAGCUGCCCUGCUCCAGAGAUGGGUACUCCCUCCCUUUAUGUGUGCCUUCUGUCCUUUUGUUCAAGUACUUUCUGUCAACGUAAGUGUGUUUUCUUUGGCUGCUAUUGCACUGGAUCGGUAUCGAGCCGUCAUCUAUCCACUAAAGGCCAAAACCUCAAAAGUGAGUGCAAAAUGGAUUAUAGUAUGCAUAUGGAUCUUCAGUGGAAUCUCUGGCAUGCCGUAUGCCAUUGCUCUGCGAGUGACACUUAUUGAUACCGAUACUGGCAACUUCUCCAAGCCGUUUUGCCACAAUGUAGGCAUACCGACACCCAUCUGGAACAUUUACAACCAUGCCCUUGUAUGUCUGCAGUAUUUCGUUCCUUUGAGUUUGAUUUCUAUGAUGUAUAUUCGCAUUGGACUGAAACUUAAAGACACCAAAACACCAGGGAAUAGAGAAGGAAUCAGAGAUGACGUGAUUCUAAAGAACAAGAAAAAAGUCAUUCAUAUGCUGUUCGUCGUCGUAACUCUUUUUGGAAUUUGUUGGUUGCCAUUGCAGUCAUACAACAUUCUACAAGAAGUGCUGCCACAAAUUAAUAAGUACAAGUAUAUAAACAUCAUAUGGUUCUUCUGCCAUUGGCUUGCUAUGAGUAAUUCCUGUUACAACCCUUUCAUAUAUGCCAUCUAUAACGAAAGAUUUAAAUCCGAAUUUCGGAACAGGUUUGGAUGCUGCAACAAAAUUUUUCGACUUCAGCAUAAGGAUCAAAAGUCUUUGGAUAGCCUCUCCUCCAGAUAUGCUUGAUUGUAGAGGCUUAAAAUUAAAUUGAUGACU